GGCGCUCAAGCUGCAGAGCCGUGUCCUGGUCUCCUUCUGGGGGCGGGUCCGCCGUUGGCUCCGCCCCCUCUCAGGUGUCUAUCUCUCUAAUGCUGGCUGAGCCUCGCCUUUGGCCCCUAGGGUCCUGCGGACCUCCUGUCCCUCUGAGGUGGCCCGCCAGCGGCGAUGGCAGGCGCCCGGGAAGACACCCCUGAGUCUUGCUCCUCCGCUGCCGAGUCCGAAGACCCUCCCGGCUCCGCCAGACUCACUGAGGCGGUGCCUCCAGAGGAGUCCGAGGGCUGCGGCCGGCCGCUGGAGGAGGCUCCCAAGAAACUCUGUGGAUAUUUAAGUAAGUUUGGCGGCAAAGGGCCCAUCCGGAGCUGGAAAUCCCGCUGGUUCUUCUACGACGAGAGGAAAUGCCACCUCUAUUACUCGCGGACCGCGCAGGAUGCUAAUCCCUUGGACAGCAUCGACCUCUCCAGUGCGGUGUUUGACUGCAAGGCAGACGCUGAGGAGGGGACUUUCGAAAUCAGGACUCCCAACCGGGUCAUCACGCUGAAGGCCGCCACCAAGCAAGUGAUGUUGUACUGGCUGCAGCAGCUGCAGAUGAAGCGCUGGGAGUUCCACAACAGCCCUCCUGCACUUCCUGCCGCCCCUGAUGCCACCCUGGCUGGGAAUGGGCCCACCCUGCACCUCGAGCUAGGGCAAGAGGAAGCAGAGCUGGAGGAGUUCUGCCCUGUGAAAACGCCCACUGGGCUCGUGGGUGAGGCAGCUGCCUUGCAACCUGUCCCCGCCAUGCCCUUGGCCCUUCAGAACAUCUCCCUCAAGCACCUGGGAACUGAAAUACAAAACACCAUGCACAAUAUCCGUGGCAACAAGCAGGUGUCAGGAACAGGCCACGGAUCUCUAACAGAAGACUCUCCACAGAGUGUGGAGCCUCAGAGUGGGGAGCAGGCCUCAGGCAUGGAUCCUGGCACCCCAGGGAAAGAGCCAGCGGAUUCUCCAAAACCUGCACCCAAGUUUUCCCUGACCACCUGUCUCACGCAGAAAACCAAGUGCCAGAGCAACACCUUCCCCUUCUUUUCUGAAGGGCUACGGAACCGAACUGCCCAGGAGAAGGUGGUAGCGUUGGAACAGCAGGUGGAGGUGCUAACCAAGGAGUUAAAGUCCCAGAAGGAGCUGGUGAAGAUCCUCCACAAGGCGCUGGAGGCCGCCCAGCAGGAGAAAAGGGCAUCCAGCGCGUACCUGGCAGCAGCAGAGGACAAGGACCGGCUGGAGCUGGUGCGGCACAAAGUGCGGCAGAUCGCAGAGCUGGGCAGGAGGGUGGAGGCCCUGGAACAGGAGCGCGAGAGCCUGGUGCACACGGCCAGCCUGCGGGAGCAGCAGGUGCAGGAGCUGCAGCAGCACGUGCAGCUGCUUAUGGACAAGAACCAGGCCAAGCAGCAGGUCAUCUGCAAGCUCUCGGAGAAGGUCACCCAGGACUUCACACGGCCCCCUGACCAGCCCCUCAGCACUGCCGACAGGGACUUCCUGAGCCAGCAGGAGAGGAUGGAGCACCUCAAGGAUGACAUGGAAGCUUACCGGACCCAGAACCGCUUCCUCAACUCUGAGAUUCACCAGGUCACCAAAAUCUGGAGGAAAGUGGCUGAGAAGGAGAAGGCGCUGCUGACAAAGUGUGCCUACCUCCAAGCCAGGAACUGCCAGGUGGAGAGCAAGUACCUGGCUGGGCUGCGGAGGCUGCAGGAGGCCGCGGGGUUGGAGGCUGGCGAGUGCUCGGAGCUGCUGCGGGAGCUCAUCCAGGAGGCGCUGCAGUGGGAAGCCAGCGAGGCCGCGGCUGAUGGCGGUGUGGAGCUGGGCCCUGUCAGUGAGUAUGACGAGUACGGCUUCCUGGCAGUGCCCGACUAUGAGGUGGAAGACCUGAAGCUGCUGGCCAGGAUCCAGGUGCUGGAGGUGCGCUCCCACCACCUGCUGGCCCUCGACGCUGUGGAGCGGCCACUGCGGGAGCGCUGGGCGGCCCUGGGCCAGCUCGCGCCCUCUGCAGAGCUCAAGCAGCUGCUGCGGGCGGGAGUGCCCCGCGAACACCGGCCCCGCGUCUGGAGAUGGCUGGUCCAUCUCCGUGUCCAGCACCUGCACACUCCUAGCUGCUACCAGGAGCUGCUGAGGCGAGGCCAGGCCUGCGAGCACCCUGCUGCCCGCCAGAUCGAGCUGGACCUGAACCGGACCUUCCCCAACAACAAGCACUUCACCUGUCCCACCUCCAGCUUCCCUGACAAGCUCCGCCGGGUGUUGCUGGCCUUCUCCUGGCAGAACCCAGCCAUUGGCUACUGCCAGGGCCUGAACAGGCUGGCCGCUGUGGCUCUGCUGGUGCUGGAGGAGGAGGAGAGUGCCUUCUGGUGCCUGGUAGCCAUCGUGGAGACCAUCCUGCCAGCCGACUACUACAGUAAGACGCUGACAGCAUCCCAGGUGGACCAGCGGGUGCUGCAGGACCUCCUCUCAGAGAAGCUGCCCAGGCUGAUGGCCCACCUGGGGCAACACCGCAUCGACCUCUCCCUCGUCACGUUCAACUGGUUCCUCGUGGUCUUUGCAGACAGUCUGAUCAGUGACAUCCUCCUGCGGGUCUGGGACGCCUUCCUAUACGAGGGGACCAAGGUGGUGUUCCGCUAUGCCUUGGCCAUUUUCAAGUACAACGAGGAGGAGAUCCUGCGGCUGCAGGACAGCCUGGAGAUCUACCAGUACCUGCGCUUCUUCACCAAGACCAUUUGCAACAGCCGGAAGCUGAUGCACAUCGCCUUCAGCGACAUGAACCCCUUUCCCAUGAAGCAGCUGCGGCAGCUGCGGGCAACCCACCGGGAGCGGCUGGAGGCAGAGCUGCGGGAGCUGGAGCAGCUGAAGGCCGAGUACCUGGAGAGACGGGCGUCCCGGGGCAGAGCAGUGACCGAGGGAUGCGCCAGUGAGGAUGAUGGGGACGGGGACGCCUGACCUGGCCACUCCCCUACGCAAAGCCUUUUCACCCUUACGUGCAGCCCCCUGCAGGCCUGGCAACCCCUCAGCCCCAUCACCAUGUGACCUUCUUUCACGGACGCGCACCAGGGAGGCCAUGCGCUUCUCACCUCCCCACAGAGCAGGCCGGUGGGCAGGCCAGUGGGAUAGUCUUCGUGGUGCCGCCUUGGGCAUCCUCUAAGUUAUAUCUAUAAACCAGUGUUUGUGCUGGAAACCACCCACAAGCUUUGGGAGUCACAUACUUCUCAGUGUCCAGUUGUUCUUGGUGGGGCCCCGGGGGCCCGGGUUUGCCACCCCCAGCCUUUCAGCUGCUGUUCCAAGGUGACCCUGCAGGGCACGUCUCCUGGUUCCUGCGGAGCUUGGGGCCUGAGUCAUGAGGACACCUGUCUUUCAGGAAAGCAGAUCCCUGUCAGUGCCCACCAGGUCUGUGUCCAGGCCACCCCCCAUACCAGGGUCUGGUUUCACAGCCUGCACCUGGAUCCUUCUUUCUUCUUUUGCGGUGCUCCCCGGAAGAGCUCUUCUGACCACCGAGGGGAUCUGGCCAUAGGGGCUGGGCAGAAGCCCUUGUACACACCCACUCUGACCUGCUGCUGCCCCUGCUACUGUCGGCUUUCCUGCAAAGGUAGCUGGGGGGGGGGGGAGGGUGGUGGCAGUGGCCCUCCACCAAGCCUCCGGUCCCCCAGGGCAAGGCUGCUCCACACUGCUGACCGCUGAGCUCAGGGCUUCUGUGCUUCGUGGUCCCAGGCUCACGGUCAGCUCUUCCCAGCUUUCCCAGGUCUUUCUCAGCAGACACACACUGUCCCCACCCAAGGCAGGGACGGAGACCGCACACGGGUCACAGUUCAUUUCUCAGCAGCACCUGUGAUCAUGUGGGCAGAGUCUUGGGCCUGGCUCUCCAGCACCUGCUGAGGCACUUUACCACCAGUUUCCAUGGAAUGUGCUGGUGGGGGGGCAGGGUCCUGGCAGCACCCUGGCAGGUAAGGUCGGUCACCAGGCUGGCGAGGGAGCCAGGGGGGCAAAGGAGGUGCUGCUGGUGUUCUCACAGAGAAGAGCCCCCAGCCCCAGCCAGUACCCCCAGGGAAGGAAAGCACCCGAGUCCGCGUGCUCUGCUGACUCCGCUGAAACUCACGUUCCCCCUGCAGCAAAAACAAACACACUGGUCUCUCUACCCCAUACCGCUGCGGCACCAUGGAGGACAUAAGCUGUGUACAGCCCAUCCGCUGGCCAGAGUCCCCAAGGUGCUAGGCAGGACAGACUCACGGGGACAGUACACACAGGUACAUGGAAUUCAUGGAUAACACUGUCUCCUCCCUCAUCUGGAACUCAAAGGCCCAUCCAGAAAGUGAUGUGCUGACCUUGCUGGAGUCAGAAGAGGCUCGGAAGCUUUGCUGAACUUGCUGCUGGGCCCCGGUACCUACUACUUGGCCGAUGGUUGGCAACUGUUAAAUAAAGCAUUUGUAUUGUAUAUUUAAAAAACACAA